UCGGUACAGGCAGAGGGGAGUGAGGGGAGUGAGUGCAGUCCCUCCCGGGUCGCUCCUGGACCUCAGCCGUGACUCGGUCCCAGCUACACAAGGUCCCAGCAUGGAAUACAACAAUACCAAACCACAGCUCUCAUCCCGGGCUAAUGCUUUCUCCAUUGCGGCCCUCAUGUCAACCGGAAACUCCAAGGACAGGGAACUGCAGGAGAACACGAUCAAACCCCUGGAACAGUUUGUGGAGAAGUCUUCUUGUUCGCAGCCCCUGGGUGAUCUGGGCAGCCUGGAACUGGGAGAUUACGGAAACAGCGGAUCUCCGGCGUGUACAGUACCCCUCAUCCCGACCACCCCCAGCGUCCCCAGCGCAGAGAUGGCCAAGAUCACCUGUAACUUGGAAACCAAAGAGCUGUGGGACAAGUUUCACGAGUUGGGCACCGAGAUGAUUAUCACUAAAUCCGGCAGGAGAAUGUUCCCAACCAUCCGCGUCUCGCUGUCUGGAGUCGAUUCCGAGGCGAAGUAUAUCGUGUUGAUGGACAUCGUGGCGGUGGACAACAAGCGCUAUCGCUACGCCUACCAUCGCUCUUCUUGGCUGGUGGCGGGCAAGGCCGACCCGCCACUCCCAGCGAGGCUCUAUGUGCACCCUGACUGUCCGUUCACUGGGGAACAGCUUUCGAAACAAAUGGUCUCCUUCGAGAAAGUGAAACUCACCAACAACGAGUUGGAUCAACACGGACACAUCAUUUUAAACUCCAUGCACAAAUACCAGCCGCGGGUUCACGUCAUUAGGAAGAAAGACCACACCGCUUCUCUGGUCAACCUCAAGUCGGAGGAGUUCCGCACCUUCAUUUUCCCGGAGACAGUUUUCACUGCGGUGACCGCCUACCAGAACCAACUUAUCACCAAAUUAAAAAUCGAUAGCAAUCCUUUCGCCAAAGGAUUCCGGGAUUCCUCCCGGCUCACCGAUAUGGAGAGGUACUGUCUCCCGGAGGAAAGUGUGGAGAAUCUUAUCCAGAAGCAUACCUAUGCACGAUCACCCAUCCGGACAUAUGGAGGCGAAGAUGAUGGUCUUGGAGAGGAGAACCAAACAGCACAGAACAGAGGAUCCGCCUUUACAACUUCGGACAACUUGUCCCUGAGCACCUGGGUCGCUUCUUCCUGCAAUUUCCCGGGUUUCCAGCACCCCCAGUCGCUGGCGAUCGCCACCACAGCCGCUUCGCUGGCUGCCCCUGUCCCUCACUCCAUCCAAGGCUCGCUGCCGCAGUACAGCCGCAUCGGGGUGCCUCUGACACCGUCAGCCAUCGCCAGCUCCAUGCAAGGCAGCGGACCGGCCUUUCCCACAUUCCACAUGCCUCGCUACCAUCACUACUUCCAGCAGGGGCCCUACGCCGCUAUCCAGGGCCUGCGGCACUCGUCGGCUGUCAUGACCCACUUUGUGUGAUGGACAGCGGGGUUGCAUUUCCCCCCAGGGACCGUGGCGCACGUGAGUGGCGUUCAGAGCAUCAGGGACAUGCUCUGCACCCACAGCUCAACGGCGCACCAAGAAACAACUCCUGUAGGGACACGGGGCAGAGACUACAACCUCCAGAAUGCAUCACAGGAUUGGACUACAGUGGACCACUAUUCCCACGAUGCACCGUUCACAGCCAGUCUACAGGGAGGAUGAAGCGCCCUCUUCUGCCAGCAGCAUUGGCACAGCAGCGAGCUGUCAACACUGCCAGCCGGCCGCACUCACUGUAUGUAUGUACCGUGUGGCAGGCAGACGGAGCCCGCUGAGCCAGCGUCCUGAAGAACAUUCCUGCACUAGUAUUGCCAGAUGGUGCAAUGCUGCCGACAUACUGGGGACUCUCAGCGUGUCUGAACAUACAAUCACAUCUCCGAUACAACCCACCAGUGGGUGUGACAGUGUGUAUGCAAGUGUGUGUGUGUGUGUGAGUGUGUAAGAGUGGGAGUGCGUGUUUGUGUUCAUGCUUGUGUGUAUCCUCGGGUCUGCGUACGGGUGUGUGUAUCAGUGUGAGAAUCCGCGUGUGUCACUGUGUCUGCGUGUAUCAGGGCGAGUGUGCAUGUGUGUAUAAUUGAAUGUGCAUAUGUCUGCAUCAGUGUGAGGGUGUAUGCAGGCGCGCACACCAGGUGCGAGAGACGUCCUGUAUGAGACUGAGAGUUCGUUUUUUAAAUUAUUUGUUGCCAGGUUCUGGAUAUAGCUGCCAUUUAUUGCCCAUCCUUAAUUGCCACGAAGACAGUGAUGGUCAGUUGGCUUCUUGUUCUGCUGUGGGCUUCCAGUGAAGGAGUUCCCACGGUGCUGUUGCGGGGAGGGCUCCAGGCUUUAAACCUAGUGACUGGCAACAUAUUUCCAAGCCACGAUGUUGUGGGGGACCUGCUGGUGCUAGUGUUCCACGGUGCCUAUUGGCGUUAGAGGUCACGCUUCGGGAGGUGCAAAGGCAGUCGCCUGGGUGAGUAACUGAAGUGCAUUUUGGAGACGGUGGACACUGCAGCCGCUGAGUGUUGGAGAUGGAGGGAGGAUUUGUUAAGUGCUGGUGCGUGGGUCUUUAACAAGCAGGCUGCUUUGUUCUGGACAGUGUUGAGCUGACUAAUCCAGGCAAGUGGAAACGGAUCCAUCACGCUCCUGACUUGUAGCAGGCGAACAGGCCCUGUAGUGUCACUUUGCAGGAUACCUAACCUUUGACUUGCUCCUGUAGACACGGGAUUAAUGUCUGACAUAGUUGAGCGUCUGGACAUUGGUGAUCACCAGCAUGUUGCUGGUCGAGUCCUGGUGAUGUUAAUACCAUCGCGAAUUGAGGGAAGGUGUUUUGGCUCUCUCGUGUUGGACAAGGUGAUUGCUGGCAUUUUUGUGGCCAAAUAAUACCGGCCACUUACCAGCCUGCACCUGAAUGUCGCCCAGUUCUCGUUGCAUACUGGCCUAGGGUUAGCGUCAUUUGCAGAGGACUUGUGAAUGGGAUUUUACGUUGUACCUCAUCAGUGAACAUCCCCACCUCUGCCCUUAUGGUGAAAGGAUGAUCACCGAUGAAGCAGCUGCAGUUGUUUGGGUCCAGGACACUGUUUUCGGGAACUCCUGCAGUAAUGUCCUGGGCCUGGAAUAAUUGAGCUCAAUCAUCUAGUUUCCUUUGUUCAGAAUCUGUGUGAGGGAUCCGUUGGGAAUUCCCCUUUUAUUUCCAUUUACUUCAUUUUUACCAGGGCAUCUUGAAAUGCUGUCUUGAUGUCAAGGACAGUCACUCGCUUCCUCCUUUCAGGAGUUUAGCUGAUUGUUCACCAUUUCGCCAAGGCUGUGAUGAGGAAUGGAGCUGAGUGAUUCUGGCCAAACACGUCAGCGCACAGACCAAUGAGUAGGUUGUUGGUGACUAAGUGCCACCAUCAAUGUAACUUUCCAUCAUGUUGCUUAUAGGGCAACAAUUAGCCGAAUUUGAUUUGUGGUGCUUUUGUGAACACGGUGUAUUUGGGCAAUUUCCCCCAUUGUCAGUAGCUAUCCGUUUUGUAAUGGACUGGGACAGCUUGUCUGGAGGUGCAGUCAGUUCUGGAGUGCAGGCCUAAAGCUGGGGUGCUGCUUGUUCCCGUAAUACCGGGAGCCCUUAGUCAACGAGUGGACUGGUUUCUGUACGAGGGAUAAUCUCAGGAGGGAGCUGAGACUGAUCCCAUCUCAUCCAUUUGUCUAUUGCAUGCCGUUUUUACAGUUUAACACCACAUAGUCCUGCCGCAGCGCCACUAUACUGGUGCUGGUCAAUUCCAGGCACGCUUAAGGCAGCUCCCAUCAAACCUCUCUGCACUCUUCAUUG